AACUAGUAGUAACAACUAAUAAGUAGCGAGAGAGCAGUGUAAAGCUUGCAUUGGGAGAAAGGGGGAACAGCUAAGACAUGAAUGUUUCUCAUUUGUGAAUUGAGACCUCACUGGCCUAGAUUUUCACUAUACAGAUACAACAGGUAAUAUGCAGGAACUGAAGACUCAAAGAGCACAGUGAGAAGAGGUGACGAGCCUGCUCACGCAAACAUAGGCAUUUAGUAAGGCACAGAAGAUCAACAUUCCCUCCAUUCCCAUCCAGCGUGACAUCAAAAGCGCCGUCCAAGGUAGCCAGCCACCAUUCCAUGCUUGAUGCUUCCACUGCUGGCUCCACUCCUUAACACACUCGUUCGUUCAUCUACCUCCCCUUCCAAGAAAUGGCCACGGCGGAGCCAGCCUCCUCAACAACCGCCGCGCCAGCCACCGCGCCGGCUCCUGAGCAGCUCCUGGAGGUGGCGGAGGACGAGGUGGUCAUCGACUUCAAGCCCAACUCCAAGUGCUCCGCCGACCUCCGCCUCCGCUCCCUGCACCCGUCCCUCACCGUCGCCUUCAAGGUCCAGACCUCCUCCCCGCUCAAGUUCCUCGUCAGCCCCCCGCGCGGCGUCGUGCCGCCGCUCUCCUCCGCCUCCCUCCGCGUCGUGCUCCGCCCGCAGCAGCACGCGCCUCCGUCCUUCCCGCGCUCCCGCGCCGACCGCUUCCUCGUCCUCUCCGCGUUCUCCGCCGCGCAGCUCGACUCUGGGGCCUCCGGCACAGACAACAGCAACGUCGUGAGCACCGUCCGCCUCCGCGUGUUCUUCGGCGGGCCGUACCUGCUCCGCCUCGCCGCGGACGCCGGGGACGCCGCGGCCGUGCGCCUCAUCCUGCGCCGGCAGCCGCACCUCCUCCCGUUCCUUGAGCCCGAGGCUGCGGUGCCCGACGCCGAGCAGUGGGCACCGCUGCACGCGGCUGCAGCGAGAGGAGACAUCGAAGGGGUGAGGCGGCUGGGGCCGGAGGCCCUGGCCGCGCGUGAUCGCGAGGGGAGGACGGCUCUGCACGCGGCGGCCGCGGCUGGCGAAGCAGAGGUAGCGGCGGCGCUUGUGGAUAUGGGCGCUGACACAUCGGCGGCCGAUGCGCGCGGGAGGACUCCACUGGACGUGGCGCGCGAGAAGGGAUACCAAGAAGUGGUGGACGUCCUGGAACGGUGGGAGCUGGUCAUGACGGCGGCGAGGCGCGGCGACCUCCAGAGCCUCGAGUCCCUCAUCAGCAAGCGUGCAGGCGUCCGCGGCCGCGACCAGUACGGCCUGACGGCGCUCCACUUGGCCGCGAUCAAGGGCCACUGCGACGCGAUCGCCUUGCUCGCCGGGUCGGGAUGCAUGGACAUCGAGUGCGAGGACGUGGAGGGGCACAGGCCGCUGCACCUCGCCGUCGAGGGCGGCCACGACGAGGCCGUGGAGCUGCUGCUCGACAUGGGCGCCGACGUCAACGCCAAGACCAGGCGCGGCGUGACGCCGCUCCAGAUGGCGGAGGCCAUGGGGGACGACGCAAUCUCUCAGCUUCUGUGCAGUAGGGGUGCGGAGGUGGCAGCUGCGCCGGCGUUGUGCGUCGCGUCAUCCUCUUCGUCGUCCAUAUCAUGCGCCUGAUUUGCUGGGUUUAGUUCAGAUAUGUUCGAAGGGCAUAAUACUGCACUGUAUAGUCUACAGAAGUGUCUGUUCUGUUUUGCUGGGAGAGUAGCCCAUUUAAGCAGACGGCUGGUUGCCCUCCUUUGUUAUACGCAGUGUGUCGGUGAAAUCAACAGCAUGCACUUGAUUGCAAUGCCUUACAUGUUGA